AUGGCGGGCGUGGCCGAUUCCGAGGCCGCCCGCAACGUCGAGCGGCGCGAGCAACACCACGAAGCCGACAUCGUCGUGGUCGGCGCGGGAAUCUUUGGGUGUGCGGCGGCCUUCGCCCUUGCUAACCAGGGCCGCAGUGUCAUCCUGCUCGAGCGCUGGAUGCACGAGCCGGACCGCAUCGUCGGCGAGCUGCUACAACCCGGCGGCGUCGACGCGCUGCGGAAACUGGGGCUAGAACACUGCCUCGAGGACAUCGAUGCCGUACCGUGCCAAGGGUACCAUGUUAUCUUGAGGGGGCAGGAGACAUCGUUCUUAUACCCGCCGCUCACGGGGGAUGGGGAGGUGAUUGUGGGGGCCGGGCAGAGGAAGGAGGUGAAUGAAUAUGCGAAUGGGGAUGUUAAGGAGCCCGUCAGGCCCGAGGGCAAAUGUUUUCACCACGGGAGGUUCAUCAUGCAGCUGCGCAAGGCGUGCAUAGCGCACCCGAAUAUCAGCGUCUUCGAGACCGAGGUCACGGCGACCAUCAAGGGCGAACACAGCGAUGCCGUGCUUGGGGUACGUACCCGGACGAAGGACCCAGCAACGGGCAACAAGACUCCCGACUGCUUUUUUGGGCAGCUCACCAUCAUCGCGGACGGCUAUAACUCCAUCUUCCGCGAGGAACUCCUCGGCACGACCCCUCGCGUCCGCAGCAAAUUCUACGCCCUCGAACUCAUCGACUGCCCCUUCCCACCCGCCUACCACGGUCACGUCGUGAUCGGCGAGCAAUCCCUCGCCCUCCUCUACCAAAUCGGCACACACGAAACCCGCGCCCUCAUCGACAUCCCCACAAACCACCCCGCCGCUACCCCCAAAGCCGGCGGAGCACGCGGCUUCAUCGAGAACAUCGUCCUCCCCUCGCUCCCUCCCCACGUGCAACCCAGCGUGCGCGCCGCCCUCGCCGACGGCAAGAUCCCCAAAAGCAUGCCCAACUCGUGGCUGCCCUCCACCAAACAAACGCACCACGACGGCGUGAUCAUCCUCGGCGACGCCCACAACAUGCGGCACCCCCUCACCGGCGGCGGCAUGACGGUCGCCUUCAACGACGCGGUCCUGCUCUCCAGCUUACUCUCCCCGACCCAGAUCCCCACGCUCACGCACCACGCCGCCGUGCACCGCGCCAUGGCGACCUUCUACUGGCGGCGCAAGAGCCUGACGGGCAUCAUCAACGUGCUGGCGCAGGCGCUGUACAGCCUGUUCGCGGCCGACGACUGGCAGCUGCGCGCCCUGCAGCGCGGCUGCUUCCGGUACUUCCAGGACGGCGUCACCGACGAGCCGGUGGCCAUGCUGGGCGGGGUGCUGCGCCGGCCGCUGACGCUCGCCCGGCAUUUCUUCACCGUCGCCUUCUUGUCCAUCCGCCUGCAUACCGUGGCGUUGUGUGGGGGGUCGGUGCUGGGGUGGCUGAAGUUGCCGCUGGCGAUGGUGCACGCGGUGAUGAUUCUGUGGACGGCGUGCGUGGUGUUUUUGCCGGUUCUAUGGGCUGAGUCGUUGUGA